AUGGCGCCCCCGAUCACAGAGAAUCCGGAGUUCGAGGACUCCGAUGUAUCCGAUAAUUCCGACGUGGAACAACCCGAUGUCGACGACCGAGCCCCCAAACGCCGCCGUCUCUCAGAGUCUUCCAACGACUCAUACGUCGCACCUGCACCGCUCCCGACCCUCUCUCGUAUCAGGAAGAAGGGCGAGGUAGAGGAAGAGCCUGAAUCGAAGGAAGAGGAACCGGUUCUCAUUAGCGAUGCAAUUGAGCUGGUGGGCUGUCCACCCUUUUCGGAAUUGGACGUCGCGCCUUGGCUUGUCUCUUCGCUGACGACAAUGGCGAUCAAACGGCCAACUGCCAUUCAAAAGACUUGUAUUCCUGAGAUCCUGAAAGGCAAGGACUGUAUCGGUGGAAGUCGCACUGGUUCCGGAAAGACUAUGGCCUUUGCGGUUCCGAUUAUGCAGCAGUGGGCGCGGAAUCCAUUCGGGAUCUACGCUUUGGUUUUGACCCCAACUCGUGAGCUUGCACUACAGAUCUACGAACAAUUCCGGGCCGUUUCCGCGCCGCAAAAUAUGAAGCCUAUCCUCGUCGUCGGAGGCAUGGAUAUGCGCCAGCAGGCUAUUGAACUUGCGAACCGGCCUCACGUGGUCAUUGCAACACCCGGCCGACUAGCCGAUCACAUCAAGACGUCCGGAGAAGACACAGUAGCCGGUCUCCGCCGCGUUAAAAUGGUUGUUCUCGAUGAAGCCGAUCGCCUACUAGCCAGUGGGCCAGGAAGCAUGCUACCAGACGUAGAAACAUGUCUCGGAUCACUUCCACCAUCCGCCGAGCGUCAAACACUGUUAUUCACAGCGACCAUGACAGCCGAAGUGCGGGCACUGAAAUCCAUGCCGGCAGCCGGCAACAAGCCACCGAUCUUCGUGACCGAGAUCGGCACCGAAAACCAAGGCAAGAUCCCGCCAACUCUCAAGCAGACAUACCUGAAGGUUCCCAUGACACACCGCGAGGCCUUCCUGCACGCGCUGCUCUCCACAGAAGUAAACGUCACGAAGCCAGUCAUCGUCUUCUGCAACCAUACCAAAACAUGCGAUCUGCUAGAACGCACCCUCCGCCGUCUCGGCCACCGCAUCACCUCCCUCCACAGUAUCCUCCCGCAAUCCGAGCGCACGGCUAACUUGGCUCGUUUCCGAGCCACUGCUGCCCGUGUUUUGAUUGCUACGGAUGUUGCUUCGCGUGGUCUUGAUAUCCCGUCCGUAGAGCUAGUUAUCAAUUUCGACGUGCCCCGGAACCCGGAUGACUAUGUACACCGUGUUGGUCGUACUGCGCGUGCGGGUCGGAGUGGUGAGGCUACCACGCUGGUUGGACAGCGUGAUGUUGAGCUCGUUCUUGCUAUUGAGGAGCGUGUUGGUAGGAAGAUGGAGGAGUUCGAGCAGGAAGGUGUCAAUAUUGAGAGCCGUGUUGUUAGAACCGGUUUGCUUAAGGAGGUUGGCUCUGCGAAGCGUGAGGCUGCCGGUGAGAUUGAUGAGGGUCGUGAUAUUCUUGGACGGAAGCGUAAUAAGUUGAAGAAGGUUCGCUGA